UUAUUUUUGUAGAGAAGGCAUAAGGUGUGCGUGGGAGUAGGAAAAGAUAGAGGGAAAAAAAAAAACUGGUCCUAUCAUCAGGUGGGGGUAGUUGUACUGCACUGCCCCUUUCUUUCAAAGAAAAAAAGAUUCCCACUCUCUUUGGUCUCUUCUCCCUUUUCUCCCCUUUCUCUUCUCUUCUUCUCUAUCAAAUUACUGUUUUUACUGUAGCAUUCAUAUUGUUCUCUACUUAUUUAUUUAUUAUCAUCAAAAUCCCUCAAAUUAAAUUCUCUUGGAGUAAAUAUAACUCACAUAUAUAUAUAUAUAUAUAAAAAAAUUAUUUGUUUGGAAAUUUUUGGUAUUUUUGAUCUAAUGAUGACAGGGCCAAAUAUGGCUACUAUUACAGCUUCUCUGCAAAAUUGUUCUCUGAGUAACCAUCAUCAGCGGGGCGGCACCAGCCGCAACAGCGCGGCAGGUAUCGCCCCGCCAGAUGGGAUUUCCGAUUCAUCGAGAAACACCAACACCAACUUCAAUAAUAACAACAACCCUUCAAAUGAUGCUACUGUGGAACUCAAUUCUGAAAUUGCUCUUCCAUACCAUUGGGAACAAUGCCUUGAUUUGAAGACAGGGGAAAUUUACUAUUUGAACUGGAGGACAGGGAUGAGAGUGAGUGAAGAUCCAAGGACAAAUGUUGUUGCAGAAGAUCAAGUGUACUCAGACGAGGAUGACGAUGAUGAUAACAACUCAUAUGAUAGUGAAGAAACCUAUUCAGAAGAAUUGCCAUCAUUGUCAUCUUCAAGAGCUGAAAAUACAGUACCACAAAUCAAUAUUUUGACUACUGAGGCUUUAAGGAGGGCAGCACCACCAUCAGUACUAGCAGCACCAACACUAGUGUUGGGUGGAUGCAAGGCUUGUUUGAUGUAUUUCAUGGUGCCAAAAGAAGUUGAGGAAUGCCCAAGAUGUGGUAGACAACUUCUUCACUUUGAUGAUCAAAAUUGAAAUGAUUAAAAAAAAAUUAGAAGAACAUGAUGAAGAUACUAUUUGUUUUUUGAUAGAAGUUUGUUUUCGUUGGUAGUAGUUGUUAAAUGUGUUUUUUCUUCUCUGAGAAAAGACAAACCAACCAAUUAUUUUAUAAACAAUAUUUAUCGUGUGAUUUUCUU